GUAGGACAGCACCAUGAGCUUUCUCGGCGCAGCCUGCAAGACCGCGAGCGCACUCCGGAGCCGGUCUCUUCCGAGUCCCCGUUUGCACUAAUUGCCCGAAUCUCUCCGGGCGCCUUCGCCGCCGCCUCGUCAAGCCGGGAGCUGCGGGUCGAGGCGCACAGUACGGGCCUGAGCGCCUGCUUCGUGCCGCAGACCGGCCGGUUUCAACUCUCGGGGGCUGAAGGGCCCUGGAGUCGGCGCCGAUGGAUUGAUGCGAGGAGACCUCAUGCACACGGCCGGCAGGAGUUUUGCAAACUUUUCCACGGGCGGCGGCUCCUUCACGACCUCGUCCUCGUCGUCUACCAGCGCCUCUCCCCGGCUCACUUGCGGCAGUAGCUGCUGCUGCUGCCGCCGCCCGCAAUGGUGGCCCGCUCGCCCGCUCGCCAAGCAGGAGGCGACGGACGCCGCUGGCCGCGGCCAGCCGCCUGGCUGUGGCUGGCGGCGACGCUGGGUGCCGUGUGGCCGCCGCGGAGCUCGCUGGUGCAGGGCCGCCGGCUGAUCUGCUGGCAGGCGGUGCUGCAGUGUCAGGGAGAGCCGGAAUGCAGCUAUGCUUACAACCAGUAUGCCGAGGCGUGCGCCCCGGUGCUCCUGCAGCUGCCGCCCGAAGGAGGCGGCGGGGACGGAACAGGGGCCGCUGCAGGCUCAGCCGUCUCCUCUAGGCGGCGGUGCCCAAGCCACUGCAUCGCGGCCCUCAUCCAGCUCAACCACACCCGGCGCGGCCCGGCGCUGGAGGACUGCGACUGCGCGCAGGACGAGAACUGCCGCGCCACCAAGCGUGCCAUCGAGCCCUGUCUGCCCCGUACUAGUAGCCCGGUGCCCGGCGGCGGCACUGGCGGCGGCCCCGGCAUUAUGGGUUGCACGGAGGCGCGGCGGCGUUGCGACUGGGACAGCCGCUGCAGCCAGGCGCUCAACCGCUACAUGACCUACUGCGGGAAGCUGUUCAACGGGCUGCGUUGCACGCCGGAGUGCCGCGCCGUCAUCGAGGACAUGCUGGCCGUGCCGAAGGCCGUGCUGCUCAACGACUGCGUUUGCGACGGGCUGGAGCGGCCCAUUUGCGAAUCGGUCAAGGAGAACAUGGCCCGCCUCUGCUUCGGCGCGGACAUGGGCGGCAACGGUGCCGGCAGCAGCGGUGGCUCGGACGGCGGGCUAGAGGAGUACUACGACGAGGACUACGAGGAGGAGCCGAGCCAGAAGGGGAGGGACGACGUGGAGGACAAUGCGGGCUCCGAGCCUGGGUUCCCUGUGCAGGGAAAUAACGCGGGCCGGCCUGCCGCCGCGGCCUGGGUGCUGCUGGUCUCCAUCUUGCUCCCGCUGCUGCCGCAGCUGUAGCGUUAGCCCUUCCCUCGCUACUUCUGCGCCGGGACGGGUCCUGCGCUCCAGCGCAGGCUUCCUUUCGAGUCCGGCGGCGGCGGCGGGAGGACCAGCCGGCGGGCCCUUCGCGCGCAGCGCCAUUUGAAACGCUCAGACCGUUAGUCCAGAAGCCCCCACCCUGUCCCCCGCGUCUCCCCGAAGGCGGAGGUAUCCCUUCUGCCUCUGCUGCUACCCACAGCGCCCGUCCGUGCCCUUCCCCCGGCCUGCCCUGGCUUCCGUGCGCCGGCUGCUUUAGGCCGAGGCGACUCCUUGCGAGCCAGCCGCCGGGGCGGUGGCCGGGACGGGUGGUCGCGGCCCGCUCGUUUUUGGAGCGUUGGCCUCGAGUCUGCACUAUGCAAUUGCUGCCACCCUGCCUUCGUGUUACCAGAGACCGGACGGGCUAGCGGACUGCUAGCGAGGCUGCAGAGGCCUCCCGUUGCUGCCAGCCGCCCUUCGGGAGAGACCGGGAGUCACCGCAUGCUCGUAGUGGCUUUUUAAAAGCGUUUUGAAAUGAAGGUUAGAAAGAGGUGAGCUACCCAGCCUUGCUGCCAAAGCUGUUGCCGUACUAGUUAGUCCACAACUUGAUUACCAUUCGCCAAGGUUCAUUCUUGGUGAUGCUUGAAAGGGGAUAAUGCCGCAUCUGCCAUUAAUUAAAUUUAAGGAAAUAGCAGACUGAAUAAAUUCUGUGGUUUACAGCACUCUUGCACACACAUACCUUCCCUAUAAUAAAUGCGUGCCAGCAGCCGUCUCUUCCUCUUUAACCUAGUGACAUAAAGAUCUUUUUUUUUUUUCCCCAGUCAUUUGCUAUAGUGAACAAUGCAACUUUUGUUUUAAAAGAGCUCUGCACUGCCAUCUUCUAUAGACACUUUUAAACUCGAGAACAUGUAUGUACAAAUAUCCUGAAAAGCUAUAUUGCCUCUUGUCAUAUCAGGGUGCUGACCUCUGGUAAAUCUUAUAUAUAAAAAAAAAAUGUAUUUAAAACUGGGAUUUGUUACCAGUCGCUUCUCUUUGUAUAUAGAAUUUUAUAAAUUGUAUGCUUUGGGGAUAAUUUAUUUAAAAAGAAAAAAAUAAAAGUUUUAAAUCCACAUGCUACUUGCCAGAUAAUUGCAUUUGCUAUUCUUUCUGGAGAGGUACAGAUUUCAUUUUAUGUUUAAAGGGAUGCUAGCAACAGUGAUUCAGUGAAAUAUUUUCUAGGCCAUCAAAUACACUGUGUUUUACAGAUUGAAAGUUAGCUUUCUUAUUUGGAGAGACUUUAUGAACGUUGUGAAAAUGUAUAAAUGUGUCUCUGAGCUGCCUUAAACCUUGUAUUUUUUUAUAGGAGGCAUAAAAAAGGCCUGCGUUUUAAAUAUGUACGGCUUUUUGUAUUUUCUAAACGUGUAAAUUAGUAAAGAAGGAGCUUUAAAUAAUGGAUGUGGUGAAACUUUUCCGGGGACACUUGAACUCUCAGCAUCCGAGGUUGCG